UUCAGAACAGAAUUCUCUCUAGAAAAUUUGAUAUUAGGUUACUCUUAUUCAAAUACUUCUUUAAAUUCGACAUUUGAACGCAACAGAGUCAAAAAUCAUGUCAAAAAAAAAACAUAAUGUGUCAUACAUUAAACCGAAUGAGCCGAAAUUUCUACGAGAAUUGAAAGAGCAAGCCGGAUAUAAAGAAGGUCCUACUGUAGACACAAAGAAAGAAGCACUACCAGAAAUCUCUGAUGAUGAAAGAGAAGACUUAACUGAUGAGAAGCCUGUUGUUGUCGUCUUAAAGUCAGGUGAUUUAACAGCAGAAGAAGCAGAUGCCUUCGAAAAAGAAAAAGAAAAAGAAGAAAAUAACGCACCUGCUGAUUUGUCUAAGAAGAUUGUAUUUCGCAAAACUAAAGCAACAGAAUCCGAAUCUGACGCCACAGAUAAACCUGUAAAAAAGAAAACGAAGAAAACAAAGCAGAAGGUUAUCUUGUCUUUCGACGAUAAUGAGAAUGAAGACGAUGAUGUUGGAUAACAUUGUAAAUUUUUACUUAAGUGUACUUGUGUAUUAUAUCUUCUAGUAUAAGUAACUUUUUUCUAUCAUAAA